GUCGAAUACAAACCACCACCUAUACAAAAUGGCCGCCCCCCAGUACCUCGGACCCGCUACCACCCAAGAGCCCGCCACCCUCAUCUCCUACCUCAAGGACCAGGUCACCAACCCCCAAUACAGGGAGGGCAACUUGAACAUCCUCAAGGCUACCACCAUUUUCGUCCUUGGUAUCGCCUUUGUUCGAUCCGACCUCAGUGCCGCCCUUGUUCCCGUCUUUUAAACGCACAAAAAAUAAUAUAAUGGAGUCAGAAUGAAAGCGGGACCUGGUUCCGGAGAAUGAGCAGGAUAAGAAGGGAAGAAGUUGAUGGGAAGGAUAUCGGCUUGAUAGAUCAUUUCCUCCUCCAGAGGUUGUAUCACCAUCUGUAUAACAUGCAGUGCAUCACAUUUCGCACAG